UGCCGUUAUCCAGUGUCACGAAGGUUUCCGAACGGGUAUCACAGUGUUUCACGCAGGUUUUCACGCAUGACACAUUGCUGCUUCCAUGCAAUACCUUACUCGACGGUGUCGGUGAACAGUUCUAUAUCGUGUAAUAUCACCCUAGCUCGGCCUUUAUUCCUGUCGAGGCUACAUAGCUUGUGGUGGUUUCCGCGGUGGAACAAUGACUAACCCAGUCGACUUGCCCUCUUCCAGCGGCUCCGACAAAGAUGCUGCAAUAUCAUCGCCCAGCCAUGACCCCAACAGAGACGACACUACAAUCAGGGAAGGGUUCAAGAAGUCGGACCAAGUCUACUUUGAAGAAAAAAUAGCAGUGCCUGAUGCCGGCAAUGCCGUGUUCAGCUUCCGCAAGCUAUGGGCCUUUACUGGUCCCGGCUUCCUGAUGAGUAUAGCGUUUUUGGAUCCUGGAAACAUAGAAUCCGACCUUCAGGCUGGCGCUGUAGCUGAUUACCAGCUCUUAUGGGUUCUGCUGUGGUCCACCAUUCUGGGUCUUCUCAUACAGCGGCUGAGUGCUCGCCUAGGCGUCGUUACGGGGCUCCACUUGGGAGAGAUGUGCCGCAUGGCUUAUCCCCGCGUCCCCAGGAUUAUCCUCUGGAUUAUGAUUGAGAUUGCUGUCAUAGGAUCCGAUAUGCAAGAAGUCAUCGGAACGGCCAUCGCUAUUUUCCUGCUUUCCAACGGAAAAGUUCCUCUCUACGCUGGCGUAAUCAUUACAAUAGCGGACACUUUCACCUUCCUUUUCUUGGACAAGUAUGGUUUGCGCAAGCUUGAAGCCUUCUUUGGUUUUCUCAUAACAGUCAUGGCUGUCACCUUCGGCUAUGAGUAUGUUAUGGUACAGCCUGACCAAGUGCAAGUCGUAAAAGGGCUCUUCUAUCCAUACUGCUCUGGCUGUAAUAACAGCGCUUUGCUACAGGCAGUAGGCAUCGUUGGUGCCAUCAUCAUGCCCCAUAACCUCUUCUUGCAUUCUGCUCUUGUCAAGUCACGUGACGUGGAUCGCAGCAAGAAGGAAGAUGUCAAGGAGGCCAACAAAUAUUUCUUCAUCGAAGCUAGCAUCGCUAUCUUUAUUUCGUUAUUGAUCAACAUCUUCGUUAUCGGUGUCUUUGCACACGGCCUCUAUGACAAAACCAAUGAAGAUGCGAGGGCAAUGUGCAGCGGGACCGAGUACUACGAUGUUUUCGCAAACAAUACUGACCCCGUUGACGUUGACAUCUACAAAGGCGGUGUGUUCCUUGGUUGUGCUUUCGGCAUGGCCCCCCUGUACAUAUGGGCCAUUGGAAUCUUGGCCGCUGGACAGAGUUCAACAAUGACGGGAACAUACUCGGGACAGUUCAUCAUGGAGGGCUUCCUGAAUCUCCAGAUCAGUCGCUGGUUGAGAGUGUUGAUCACUCGGUCGAUAGCGAUUAUGCCAACAGUCAUGUUGGCGGCCUUUGGUAACAUCAAUGAGCUAUCCACAAUGAACGACUUGAUGAAUGUGCUCAUGAGUCUGCAGCUGCCCUUUGCACUGAUCCCCACGUUGACGUUCACGACUUCUAAGAGAGUCAUGGGGGACUUCAGGAAUGGCAUGUUUAAUAAGAUAUUCAUGAGUCUGGUGUCCUUGGGCAUCGUCAUCGUUAACCUGUAUUUCGUGGCUGACUACGUGGAAUCGAACUUGUCACACCAUUGGGCCGUCAUACUUGGCAUCACAAUCUUCGCCCUCUUGUACUUGGCUUUCAAUUUUUACUUGGUGGGGAUUCUGCUCGUUGUGUUUGGGUGCGAGUUCCUCACCAGGAUUCCGGUUGUCGGAAAAUAUUUGGAAGAAAAGGAUUACGACCUCCUGCUGGCAGGAGUCUCAGAUGACAACCUACCCACUGGAACGCACGGAGCUUCAGACCCCGUCUUUUACCCAGCACUGCACCCAUUUGGAUUCAACGCAUCUUACCGUGGCAGUCGAAGCAGCUUAAGCACUGGGCUGUCUACUUUAUUUUCACUGACGGGACAGUUCUAGAGUGUGAGGGACAGGAAGACCCUACCACUCAGAAAAUCCUUGGGAAUGCAAGGCUGACAAGUUACAGCGAUGUAGAGCCUCUCCUAAAACACAUGAAACUAUUGAAGGAUGGUGUUUGUACCUCGAAAGAAGAAAUCAGAGAAGUGGUGGACGACAUGAACAAGAAUAGCGAGAAGUAUGACACUCUCCACAACAACUGCCAGCAGUGGGUCAAAACUGUACUCAGAAGACUGGGAGUAUAUGUGUCUGACAUCGAUGCAAAACAAGCCUUUAUGAUUGGACGUGCUACAUUUUUAGGAGCCACCAGUGCAACUCUAGCCGUACUUGGAAUUGCAGCUCUGGCUACAGGUGCAGCUCCCGCUGUCGGUGCUGCAGGCAUAGUUGCAUCCGUAGGUGUAGCAGCAAAGAUUUUCAAAAGUCGAUAAUAAUAAGAAUAAAGACCUUCAGGGUUGCUUGCCUCGAAAUGUCCCCGGAAGAAACCUCUCCAACAGAAAUGCCCCCGGAAAAAAAAUGUUCCCCUGGUUAAAUGCACGCGAGGAGCAUUCACUUUUGGUACUCGUGUACUGGUUGACUUCCGACAUUGACUCUUUACUAGGACAAUGUGAAUAUUCGAACAUUUUGAAUACCAAAGCGAGUAAUUGUGUAUCCUAUUCCACUUCUGAAUCAAAUAGAAAAUCCAUGUUCGAAUUCCGAAUAAACUGAUGCUUCUAAACUGA